CGUCAGCUGACGGCACGUACGCCGCGGUCGCCGCAGCCAUUUACUCUACCGGGCUGUUGUCGCUGCUGUCGCCGCGGCCCCGCCGCCUCCGCUGCCUCUGCCGCCUCGGUCGCCGCCGCCGCCUCGGUCCCCGCCGCCGCCAUGGCUCAGUACAAGGGCGCCGCGAGCGAGGCGGGCCGCGCCAUGCACCUGAUGAAGAAGCGGGAGAAGCAGCGCGAGCAAAUGGAGCAGAUGAAGCAGCGGAUCGCCGAGGAGAACAUCAUGAAAUCCAACAUUGACAAGAAGUUCUCCGCGCACUACGAUGCCGUGGAGGCCGAGCUCAAGUCCAGCACCGUGGGGCUGGUGACCCUGAAUGACAUGAAGGCCAAGCAGGAGGCCCUGGUGAAGGAACGGGAGAAGCAGCUGGCCAAGAAGGAACAGUCCAAGGAGCUGCAGCUGAAGCUGGAGAAGCUGCGCGAGAAGGAGCGCAAAAAGGAGGCCAAGCGGAAGAUCUCCUGCCUGUCCUUCACGGUGGGCGAGGAGGAGGAGGAGGUGAGCGAGGAGCAGGAGGAGGUGGCCCUGGAGGAGGAGGAGCUGGAAAGGGAAGAGAUCGCCUCAAAGAAGAGGAAAUUGGGGAAGAACCCAGAUGUGGACACCAGCUUUUUGCCUGACCGCGACCGCGAGGAGGAGGAGAAUCGGCUCCGGGAAGAGCUGCGGCAGGAGUGGGAAGCCAAGCAGGAGAAGAUCAAGAGUGAGGAGAUCGAGAUCACCUUCAGCUACUGGGAUGGCUCCGGGCAUCGCCGCACAGUCAAGAUGAAAAAAGGCAACACCAUGCAGCAGUUCCUGCAGAAGGCGCUGGAGAUCCUGCGCAAAGACUUCAGCGAGCUCAGGUCAGCGGGGGUGGAGCAGCUCAUGUACAUCAAGGAGGACCUGAUCAUCCCCCACCACCACAGCUUCUACGACUUCAUCGUCACCAAGGCGCGAGGGAAGAGCGGCCCUCUCUUCAACUUCGAUGUUCAUGACGACGUGCGGCUGCUGAGUGACGCCACUGUGGAGAAGGACGAGUCACACGCAGGCAAGGUGGUGCUGAGGAGCUGGUACGAGAAGAACAAGCACAUCUUCCCCGCCAGCCGCUGGGAACCCUACGACCCCGAGAAGAAGUGGGACAAGUACACGAUCCGGUGAACGCAAAGGUGGAGCAGGCUUGCUCCCCAGCUCCCUCCAGGCGCCCCACUCCCCGUGUCUCCAGGAUUCCAGCUUCCCCCUCCUGUGACAUGACUGAUCAGCCCUUGCCCCUAUGCUGUCAUUUACUGUUUCUUUCUUUUGUGAUAAAGAAAUGUACAUGUUAGAAUCAG